AUGGAGUACCACAGAGGAUACACCUCGUAUAUCGGUAGAGGAUUGAAUAUAGCUAUCGGAGACAAUGUAAGUAUAACCAAUCAAUUUUACGGGUCAUAAUCUCUUAUACAGGCGUACGAGAUAGGAGACUGAGCGCCCCCCCCCUCCCCCCACUGGGCCCCCUCCUGCCAGUAUUUAGCCAUGGGCAGAUUCUCUCAAAAUACAUAUUUUGUCAUGAUAUUAAAGUUGAGAUAUUGAUAUUAAUUAUUAGUAUUUUUGCACAAGUGAACAUAACAAAUUCUACAAGUUGAUUGGUCAAAUUUGACGUAUUAAGCUGUUAGCUAUAUUCGCCUACAGGUGAAUAUGACAAAACCGAAAUUUUCAAAAUGGCGGCUAGCCGUUUUGUGGACGUUAUACUGAUAAAGAAAUAAGCGAAAUUAAAAUAAAUUCAGUCCCAAAAAACACAAAAAUACUAAAACAAUUAUUCGCCUCAGGCUCGGUGAUUAUCGGGGAAUAUUCACCUCGACUUCGUCUCGGCGAAUAUUCCCCGAUAAUCACCUCGUGCGCCUUCGGCGAAUAAUUGUUAUAUGUUUAUAUAAUUAGUCAGAAACUGAAUGAUGGAUUGGAUAUUGUUUCAUUAAAUUGCAUGCAGUGUAGAGUAGGGAGUUUUCAAUGUAUCUUAAAGAAUGAAAUCCCAGGCGUACUCGUAAAUUAUUCCAUUUUAAGAUUGACUUUAUUUUCUUAUUUCCGCGCGAGUUUACAGCACAUGUUUUCCUUCUAUUUACCCUCUAUUCAUCCAUCAACAAACCCAACUUAAUGUCCGGCAACCACAAUCAAUGUCGGGCAAAUUUUUGUCGUCCCCCCCCCCCCCCCCCCCCCGCAAUAAUUUUUCUGCCCGUAUGCCUAUGGUCUCUAUUCUAAUAUGAACUUAAGAGCAUGCAGGAGGGGAGGCGCUCAAGAAAAACAAUAACGACCUGACCCAAAUCGCAUUUACUUGCAUUGACGAAAACAAAGGUGCUUGAUAAAUAUAUAGCACUCCUCGGCGAUGUUAUAUAAAUGCCUGCCUUGUAACAACGGUAACUUUAUUGUUCCGAUCAAAAGCACGGAAUCCAUAACAUAAAUUUAACAUGCAUGUCCUUAAUAAAAAAGGCGAGUGGCGAAAGACGCGCGUGCAGACGUGUUUUAAGGCUCGAUCGAUCAAGGUAUGAUUAUUGUGGAGAUAGCUAGAUGGAUAAAUAGAUCGUUUUAUUAAUAACAAGACGCCUGCUCAGGCGUUCACACUGGCCUGGAAAUGGCAACUUUCGUGGUAGGGUGUAAUGUGCAGUAGAGAAGUAGAUAGGGAUACAGUGUAGGUCUGGACCAUAUAAAUACAACCAAUAAAUACAAUCAUCAUCAGCAACUAUCAACCAUAAUAUACCAAGGCGCCGGUUCAGGUGUACCCUCCGGCUACGGGCAACUCAACCUGACAAGCCAAGCCCACUGUAACUAUGAUCAUCAACUAUCAACCGUAAAUAAUGAUGGGCCAACAACAGCGAAGAAAUUAUAUAGUUCUUGAUUUUUAAUGCCAUUAUAUGGCUAGUUUCAGGUAGUAAAAAGUUCAUAGACAUAGACGAUUCUUCUAAAAAAUACGCCAAUUCGCUUCCAUUUAUAAGAUAAACUGAUCCCAACCCCAAGCCCUUCUCUAACCCCAACCAGUAAACAUCUAACAAACAAUUUGAGAAUUAAAAAAGCUAGUGGGGGGAGAAGUUGAAUCUUGUUCCAAAAACAAAUUGAACCGUAUUACGUUUCACUGACUUCGCCGCACGCAACGCCACCUCGCUGAAUACAAUACAAAAAUACAUUUUUAUAGUAAUAUAUGAUGAAAUGGAAAGUAAUUUGGCGCAAACUAAUGUAAUUAUGUGCAAAUCUAUAAUUAUGCAAAUGAACGCAAGUGCACAACGCUUGUUUAUGAGUCUACAACGUAUAUUUAUACUUGUUAUUUAAAAAGUCAAACUGUCAAACCUUAAACUUGUCCGUGUUUACAUUCCACUUAAUCCACUAUAUUGUAUAAAUACGCUUGGUCCAAAUUUUGGGGUUUUCGAGUCGUUACACAAAGAAAAACACAUCAAUUCAACACGCAAGAGAGUCCAGAGUGCAACACAACAUAUUUUCUAUAGGAAACCGGCACAAUUCUUUGAAAAUUCAACGAAACUGUGUGAAAUAUAUAUUAGUCGCUCAGUGAAAAAACGCUAUUUUGAAACUGAACUGAAUAUGUCAAUGGAGCACUCUAUCCUUGGAGUUCGGAAUUGUGCGCGUGCGUACAAGGUUAUGGGCUAAUAAACGAAAAAUGUACCACAAGCAUGGAAUGAGCCGGCUAUUACGUACAUAAAUACGAGCUUGUUACUACAGUAUGUAAAUCACGGAACCGAGGGGAAUCGAUGGCAUUUUGGUUUAAUCGUUGCACCCUGAACCUGCGAUGAGCUAACGCAAACUCCAUUUCUCGACGACGAAGAAAACAGAAAACAGAAAAAGAGGGAUUUAAGACACUUGGUCUUCAGGCCAGUGUAAUAAACCCGGCGCCAUUUGCAGUAGAAACUGAAUUACUAGGAUUAUAUUUACAUAAGGAUAAUUCACUAAUUACUAGGUAUGAUAAAUAUCUUAUAUUAGUUACUAACAUUUGAUAAAAAAUUAUUAUUAUUUGUAUGAACCUAAAUACAACUUUAUAAUAGAAAUUACUUGUGAAAAAAAUGCUGUGAUAAACAAACAUUUAUGCUGUAAAAACUAGGUUGACCAGUGAUAAAAAUGUGCACUUUUCUGCAACUUUUCAUUCUAGCUGUUCAACAGCUCGGACAACGUCAUUCUGAGUGGCUUCAGCAGCAAUAGUGACCGUUCAGAUGCAGAAAACGUACUAAUGGUUUAUACCGAUGGAGAAUUUCACGAUGAACAACUGGCAAUAAGGCAAAUUGAUAAUCUAAAACGACGAGGAGUACGCGUGGUUAUCGUAGGCCUCGGACGCGAUUCUCGAAAACAUAGGGCAAAGUUGCUUCUUGAAAGUAUUGCCUCGACCAGAUCUGAUGUAUAUCUCGUGGAUUUGAAACAACCAAGUUUAUGGGUGGAAGAAGAACUAAAUGAAGUCGCUCAACAUGUUACAUCACUACAGUGCGAGAACUUAUAUCCAG